AUCGUAUCAGUAUCACUUGAUACCGGUCAAACGAAAAGAUCAAGAUCAUUGAUCCUACAUGGGCAAAUAUCUAUAUUAGACGAAAACCAGAUCCACUACAGCAUUGUGAAACCCCCGUAAUCUUGCGUCGCUUGGCUCGAGUCAUCUAUAAAGCCCCUUGUGUUUCCCCAAAGAAAGCAGCUGCAAUGGCAGACGAAAACUUGAUCACAGAAUGUAGCGGUGAAUCAACAUCGAAUUCGGCGAUUACAUCGAGGACUACCUCUUUGACCGAUGCAGAAGACGUCGAUGAGAAUGGUAUCCCAGUCUCAGUUAAACACUCCACUCAGAACUUUUUCGCGACCGUUUGGGCCUACAUUCACUUACUUGCGGUUCCAAUCCCUGAUUCGACGAGUCCCGGUCGUCCAUACACUCAUAUUUGUAUCGUGUGUGCGAACGAGCGAAAGAGCGCCGAUCCAACUUCAACAGCUUGGAAGUCAUGCCUCAUGAGGCAGAAAACCUCGUCAAACGCUAGGAAGCACAUGCUAAAAAUGCAUAAAAGUCACGCAUACUCGAAGGAGACGAAGCAAGCGGGACAGGACGACAAAACCUGCAGAAUUAAGGCGUUUGAUGCUUCUGACAAGCCGAAUACCAAAAAACAACGUACUAUUCAAGAAACUUUCGUGAUAAACCGAGACGAGAUACGAAUUUUAGCUACGAGGUGGCUACUUUCGUCGGGACUACCUUUCACCACACUAGAAAAUGAAGAGCUUCAAAACUUUCUUCGACGUCUGUCAAACAACCCCAGCCUUGUAAUUCCAGCCCGCGAUACCUUUUACGCCUUUGCUGAUGGAGAAUAUCAGAACUUUUUCCAGUUGGUUUCUCUGUCUUUACGAAAAGAUUUUGACGCAGUAUUACAACAACCAUUUCUGUCGGUUCUUCACGACUUAGCUACGAAUGCAGCAAUUGUCAAUAUCAUUGGAACAACCGUUGUGUAUAUUGAUUCAGAGUGGCGUUUGCGGACAGUGUCAUUAUUGGCGUUAGCGAAUUCUAGUGGUCACGCUGCACACCACGAUUCAAUCCCGAUAUAACAUCAAUUUGGAUCAAUUUGCUCGGUUUACAGUCAGUGACACUACUGGAUCGGCG